AUGGGUUGGAUAAAGACGACAAUCCGGUUUGCGCUGGCGAUUUCGGCGGGCUUCCUAGGUGUCCAGGGGCAACAGGACCUUCAGGAUACCCAGCACCCUGGGUUAUCAUUGUCAAAUGGGUGUCAAUACCCAGAUGACUGGGAAUCAUGCAACACUCCUACAAGAAGAGACUGCUGGAUUCGAAAACGUAACACUGGAAGCAGUGACGAAUCCAUUUCACAGUUUGACAUUUUGACCGACUAUGAAGAGGAGUACCCUCCUGGGGUGACGAGAGAAUAUUGGCUCGAGGUCGGGGCCAAUCCUCAGCUCACGCCGGAUGGCCACCCCAAAACAAACGGCCAAUAUUUCAACGGCACCUACCCUGGCCCCCUGAUCGAGGCAUGUUGGGGCGACGAACUUGUGAUACACGUCACAAACAACGACCACUUCGGAAACGGCACUACAGUUCACUGGCACGGCAUGCGGCAGCUCAACACAAACCAGAUGGACGGCGUGAACGGCAUCACACAAUGCCCGAUCGCACCCGGGGAUACAUUUACCUACAGGUUCCGGGCCACGCAGUACGGUCAUAGUUGGUAUCACAGCCACUACUCGAUGCAGUACGCCGAUGGCGUCGUUGGCCCGCUGGUAAUUCACGGUCCGUCUAGCCACGACUGGGACGUUGACCUUGGCCCAGUAUUACUCACGGAUUGGAUGCACGAUACCGCCUUUCACGGCUUCACCUCUAUGGAGAUUCCCGGCGAUGCGUUUUAUGUGGACAGCAUCCUGGUUAACGGCCAUGGGCACUUCAACUGCAGCGCGGCUGCGCCCGGGAACCAUUGUGCUGGAUCAUACUGGGAGACGACCUUUACGCCUGGAAAAAAACACCGGCUGCAGCUAGUCAAUACUGGCUUCAACUAUCCCAUUAUCUUUUCUAUCGACGCGCAUAACCUAACCAUUAUCGCUAACGACCUGGUUGCCAUCGAGCCCGUGACAGUGCCGUCACUUACCAUCAGCCCCGGCCAGCGGUAUACUAUCGUGGUCGAAGGAAAGCCGAAAGCUAACCAUGACGCUAGCUACUGGAUCCGAACCGGCACAGAGUGCGGCGGCUGGAAUGCCGCUGUCACUGAUAACAGGACGGCUAUUGUACACUACGAUGGCGCCGAGCAGAGGCUUCCGACUCUCGACCGGCCGAUGCCGUUUGAAGUCACCUGCCUGGACGUACCCGCUCGCCUGCUCCACCCCAUGGUUCCUUGGACGGUUGACGUACACCCAAAGUCCGUCCUUAACUAUACUGCUACUAAACAAGCAAACCUGACGAGCCAUCUCGGUCCCCCCUGGUACAAGCAUUGGACACUCGGCGAGCACCCGAUGUGGCUAGACUUUAGCAGGCCGACCAUCUUAAACCCUGACUAUUCACUCGACAACGUGAACUAUGCUGCUACCCAAGAGGACUACGACCUGGGCUUCAUUUAUCUGAUUAUUGACGGAAACCCGCUCCUUGCAUCGAACCAUCCAUUACACCUUCACGGCACCGAUUUUGCGGUGCUGGCGCAGGAGACGGUGCCGUGGGACCCGGUGACCGGGCCCAAAUCCUUCAAUUACGACAACCCGCCCCGGCGCGACACGGUGAUGUUAUCCCACACUGGUUUCGUGGCGCUGGCCUUCCGACCCAACAACCCAGGCGCCUGGCUGUUGCACUGUCAUAUUGCGUCACACGCCAGCUCGGGGCUGACGGCGCAGAUCUUGAUUUGGCACAGGGACGAGGCCUGGAACCAAGCAUACGUCGGUGGCUUGGAUGAAGUUAGAGCGGGUUGUAGGGCAUGGUCCGAAUCGUCUCUCUCCAAGACGUUUGUGCAGGAUGACUCCGGUGUCUAA